AUGAAGGGUUCAUCACUCCGCGCCCUGUCGAGGGCAUUGGCACGAGGAUCGCCUCUCGCACCGUCUGCUCCCGCGCUUGUGGCCUCUCGGCGACGGUACUACUCGACACACCCACCCAAUGCGAAGCUCAACCUCCCGACCGACUACUCAACAACACCCCUACUCUCCCACUCGUCACAAUCAGCGUUGGCCAACCCAGAGCUGCCACCCGAAGUGCGCAAUGGCACGACCAAGCGCAUGAACCUCUUCCAGGCGGUCAACGACGCACUAUCCAUCGCGCUCGCCGAGGACGAGUCGGUCAUGAUCUUCGGCGAGGACGUCGCGUUCGGCGGCGUCUUCCGCUGCACGGGCAAGCUGGCCGAGACGUACGGGGGCGACCGGGUGUUCAACACGCCGCUGACGGAGCAGGGGAUCAUGGGCUUCGCCAUCGGCGUUGCGGCCGAGGGCAUGCGGCCCGUGGCCGAGAUCCAGUUCGCCGAUUACGUCUACCCGGCCUUUGACCAGCUGGUCAACGAGGCCGCUAAAUUCCGCUACCGCGACGGCGCGUGCGGCCGCAGCUCGGGCGGCCUCACCGUCAGGAUGCCUUGCGGCGGCGUCGGCCACGGCGCCCUGUACCAUUCGCAGUCUCCCGAGAGCUUGUUCACCCACAUCCCCGGGCUGCGUGUCAUCAUGCCCCGGUCGCCGCUUCAAGCGAAGGGGCUGCUGCUCUCGGCCAUCCGCAGCAACGACCCCUGCGUGUUUAUGGAGCCCAAGAUUCUGUACCGGGCGGCGGUCGAGCAGGUCCCGACCGCGUCGUACACCCUCCCGUUGUCGAAGGCGGAGGUGUUGAAGGAGGGCUCCGACGUCACCAUCGUGUCGUACGGCCAGCCUCUGUACAAGUGCGAGGCGGCGCUCAAACAGGCUGAGAAGGAUCUGGGCAUAUCGGUCGAGCUUAUCGACCUGAGGACCAUUUACCCGUGGGACAAGGAGACCGUGUUCAAGAGCGUCCGCAAGACGGGGCGGUGUCUCGUUGUUCACGAGGCUAUGAUCAACGCUGGUGUCGGCGCCGAGGUCGCCGCGGCGGUCCAGGAAGACCCCGAAACGUUUGUCAGGUUGGAGGCGCCCGUUGCUCGGGUUGCUGGGUUCAGCAUACACACUCCGUUGUUGUACGAGGCGUUGAAUGCGCCGGAUGUUGCCAGGAUAUAUGACAAUAUCAAGAAAGUAUUGGAUUAUUAA